AUGGGUGAUGGCAGUGACGGUAUGGGUGAUGACAGUGACGGUAUGGGUGAUGGCAGUGACGGUAUGGGUGAUGGCAGUGACAGUAUGGGUGAUGGUACUGACGGUAUGGGUGAUGACAGUGACGGUAUGGGUGAUGGCAGUGACGGUAUGGGUGAUGACAGUGACAGUAUGGGUGAUGGCAGUGACGGUAUGGGUGAUGGUACUGACGGUAUGGUGAUGACGGUGACGGUAUGGGUGAUGACAGUGACAGUAUGGGUGAUGGCAGUGACGGUAUGGGUGAUGGUAGUGACGGUAUGGGUGAUGGCAGUGACUGUAUGGGUGAAGUAA